AUGCUAUCAACCGUUCCCCUCAACGUGGGACGUAGGCGUGUGUUUGGCUCCGUCUUCUCCCCCGCGUCCCUAGAAGCCCCGGCGAAGUCGAAGUCAACCCCGAAACACGAAAACGACCACACACCCACAACGUCCUUCCAUAGCUCGACAGGCUCAACUUCGACGUUCAAGGCAGACUCAUUGCCCAAUUCAUUUGCCACUGUUGGAGGAUCGACAGACUCGCCGGACGAGGAAACAUUGGAGCAGGCGCGACUUGUGGCGAGCGAAUUCUUGUCUGUGCCCAACCUCGGCUUCCAACUGCUCUAUGACUACAGGAAUACGGAUGGGAGUGAAGUGCUGAAGCAAUGGAACCGGCUCAGCCCGCCGUCGAAGGAGACAGCAGAGGCGCUGGAUUGCCUAGUGCGGAAUUGUCCGUGGACGCUGUUUGAUGGAUAUGGGUGUGAUAUUCGGAGGCAUUUUCUGGUUAAUCUUCGGGAUGGGCUGUCCGAGCUUCUUGGGAGCUCGGAGAAGGAAGGUCUCCUCCGGACCAUCGUUGAUUGCUUACAGCUUGCCCGUCGAGUCUAUCUGGCGCCCGUCGUGCACUACCUUCUUCCUUUGAUUCCGACACCCCACCAAGCCGGAUUCUUGGCUCAAUUACAACGGGCCUUUCAUACGGUCGUUUCAUAUUCUCUGCCAUGGCGGCAGAUUUCACCGCUUCUUGCAAACGAACUCACGCGAGAUGCUGUCACUAUUUUGGGUAUUGAUACCGUGGAUGGGGAUUCGAAUAUGGAGAAAAUGAGCGUUGAUGAGAUGGAGGUGGAUCGAGCGUACUCCGUCUCGUACAAAGACUGGAGGCAAGAAACCACUGAGGCUCGAGCACACAUGAUGGUUGAGGGGGAAGACCAUCGAGUGACAGUUGCCCGAGAUCGACUUCUAGCUUUCCUCAAUGGUCUGCAGCUCGUUGGACUUGGUGCCGAGAAAGCCCAGAAGGUGUUUGCGAAGGUGAUGAAUGUUAUGAUGUCGGACUUCAUUUCUGCUGCAUACACCGGCCAGUGGGACGCACCAACAUCAGCGCCACAACACCUGCGACAAUGGAUAGAGAAUGUCUUCGCCCGGCUCGCGGUACAGGUCUUGGCCAUCAUUCAUUCCGAACAAUCAGGAACCCAGACUGGGGCCUUGGAUGUGAGCUUUGGUGAUGUGGAAAAGUGGCAGGAUAUGGGAAUCGCCCGCUUAGGUGCGCUUCGGGUUAGUGAGCUUUUCGACGUGGUCGUUGAAUGGCCUGCGAGCAGUGGAGCGGUGGAAGAUCUGCGGCACUUCACUACACAUACUACGUCGAGAACACAUGUUACGCAGUCAUUUAUCAAUAUGCUGCAACAACGGUUGCUGCAUCCUGGAGCUUCCACUGUCGAAAUCUUGCAGGUGUACAUCUCCAUCAUUCGAGCCUUCCAUCUACUCGACCCCAAGGGUGUUCUGCUUGAUCGUAUCGCUCGACCUAUCAGACGUUACCUGAGAGACCGCGAUGAUACCGUCAAGGUCAUUGUCGGUGGCCUGUUGGCCGACUCUACAACGACCAAUGCAGGCGACACUUUGUCAGAACUAUCGACAGAGCUGACCAAGGUACACCAGCACUCCAUGCGGAGCAACAAGGGCGAACUGGACUUUGACGACUUGAACUGGGUACCUGACCCAGUGGAUGCAGCUCCGGACUAUCGAAAGUCAAAGAGUGCCGAUGUCAUUGACAGCCUGGUCAGCCUGUUUGACUCGAAAGAGACCUUUGUGAAGGAAAUGCAGACUCUCCUCGCAGACCGCCUGAUCCAGAAUCGCAAAAACUAUGACCAGGAAAUCACAGUCCUGGAACUACUCAAGGUCCGAUUCGGCGACUCAGCACUGCAAGCGUGCGAGGUCAUGCUCCGGGAUAUCUCAGAUUCCAGACGUCUCAACAUCUCCGUGCAGAAGCAGAGCCAUUCAAAACCUCGCUCAGCCGCCACGGCCAACAGACAUGUGCAACCAGAGUCCACAGAACUCCACGCCAAGAUUCUAUCCCGCUUCUUCUGGCCCGAGAUCCAGGAACAAGAAUUCAAGGUCCCCCACGAAAUUGCCAAGCUACAAGAAAGCUACGCCACCGGCUUCGAAGCCCUCAAAGCUUCGCGCAAACUCAACUGGCGCAACGGCUUAGGCCAAGUAACAGUCGAACUCGAGCUAGAAAACCACAGCUUCGUCGGCGAAGUCACAACCUGGCAAGCAACGGUAAUCUACGCCUUCAACUCCGACACCGACACCGACACGGAUCCCAACGAACCAGUCACAAAAACAGUCACCGAACUAUCCGACACUCUGUCAAUGACCCCAGCCCUUGUUCGCAGCGCCUGCUUAUUCUGGGUAAGCAAACGCAUCCUGAUAGAACCCCACCGCGACACCUUCCGUGUUCUGGAAAUCCUACCCAGCGAAGACGCAGCCCAAACCUCCGCCGGAGGCGGCAUCACCGGUCCCGAAGGCGCAGAAGACGAAGACGACGACGGUGCCAAUGCAGCCGCAGCAGCAGAAGCAGCGGCAGCUGCUGCGGCGAAAGAAUCUGCCGAAGCGGCUGCUAUGGAGAAGAUGAAUUUGCAUUGGCAGUUUAUUGUUGGCAUGCUUACGAAUCAGGGUCCUAUGCCGUUGCAGAAUAUUGUUAUGAUGCUGAAGAUUGUCGUUCCUGGUGGGUUUCCGUUUAGUAAUGAGGAGCUGAGGGAGUUCCUUGGGGGGAUGGUUUCUAGGGGCAAGUUGGAGGUCGUUAGCGGUGGCAGUUAUAAGAUUGUGCAUUAG